CAACAAACUAACAAUAUUACUCACAUUAUUCAAUCAUUAGAUCUACGCAAGACACUUGUGGUGGGUCCAAUCAACAAGACAGCUAUAAUCAAGACCAAGAACCCAAUUGAGGAGUCUUGCAACUUCAUGUGUGCAAUCAACUAUGAUGGCAAGAUGUGGAUUUCACAGCGAACGUCGACGAAUGACGCCCAUGACUUUGGCCUCUUUGUAAAGGAUCUGGUCAAGAAUGGUGCACUGUCAGCAAACAAAUUCCUGAUUAUUGACAAUUCACCAAUUCAUGGUGGCGCAUAUCUCCACGAGCUGUAUCAGACAGUGGAGUCAGUUGGUGCCAAGCUAAUCUUUUUGCCUAAGUAUUCGCCAGAGCUAAACCCAAUCGAGCUAGUGUUUGCCUUUGUCAAGAACAAUCURCGACAUCGGCAAAUUGACAACUUCCAUUUGGCCAUCAUUGAAGCGUUCCAGCAAAUAACAUUGGAGUACACCAGGAAUAUUUACCGGCACUGUCUCCACCCUGGCGAUAAAAAGAAAAAUGAU